AAGACCAACAACUCAUCAAGAAUAACAACAACUCAUCAUCUCUAUCAUCAUAUCAUUCAUAUCAACUCAUCAUAUCAACUCAUAACAACAACAACAUCAUCAACAUCAACAACAACUCAUCAUGUCGACCACAACGCCUACCAAUCAACUUCCUCUACCUCACUUUCUCAAUUUACCACUACCAACAAUUCCGACUAACAAUUCUCAAUCACCUCAACCUCUUAUGUUCAAACUGACUCUUUCUGCAGAUCAAUUUGCUGAACUGUUACGAGCGGAUGGUGAAGUCGAGGAAGGCGAAGAGGGUGGAUUACGAUUAGAGUUCGAGUCAAGUGGAAAAGGCAACCUUCAUCUUAGUCCUACUAGCGUUUUACCCCUCGCUUCACCUCGAUCUGGCCUACCUACCUCUAAUAAGCCAGAGGAGAUCUAUCAGCAUCAACAACAACCCGGUCUAGGUCGUGUACCUCUAACUGGAUUGAUGCGUAUUCCAGUCGGCACUCCCACAUUUGAGGUUCAUCGUCCACCUCCGCCGCCACCUGUGGUGCCCGUCACUGCCCCUGCCCCUGUAACGGCUCCUGUCCCGCCUCGUCUCUCACCCCCUGAACCCGCACAAACUCGAUCUACAGCCAUGGCUCCUCCAUUGAGUGAUCAGCGGCAGAAGGAGAGGCUCGCAGGUCAACGUCUAAAGGAAAAACGAAUGGAGGAAGAGCGAAGAAAGAAGGAGAAGCAGAUGGUGGUCCUCACUGAUGCGCCUGCCAUCCCAGUAGCCAAAAAAGGGAAAGCCAAGGCAAAGACUGGUGCUGCGAAAAAUGUUGUCGAUCGAUCAAGGUCGAAAGCGCUUCCCCCAAAGCCAGCUACGUUACCUGCAGCACCUCUUCCUAUCCGACGAGCUUUGCCCGGCUCCGCAACUGGUAAACAACUUGCUUCGGAGCAUAACAAUCAACAUCUUCACGCGUCUACUGCAAACACUCCCACCAUUACUCUCAAUAAUCCACCUCCACUUCCAGCUAUCGACACUUCUGCUCAUUCCGCUUCAAUCCUACCGCCAGCACCCACUCAAGCUCGCAUCCCAUCCCCCCAACCGACAACUUACAAGAGGUCUAGUUCUAACAAGCGGGGCAAUCAAAAAUCAACGCCUCCCUCAAACGCAUCGGAUGAGACUUCUACUGCCGAUAACACCGCCAAGCUCAGCGCAACCACGGCCAUGACAAGUCUCUCUGAAGGCAGCGAGUCUGAGUUAUCGCGCUCCAACGCUCACCCCGACCCUAUGGAUCGAGGUCCUCCUAAAUCUAUCUCAUCGGCCUCACAGCCAUCUCCAUCUGAGCCAAUCCGUAAGUCAGUUAGCACGGCGAAACCAGAUCUCAGCAAGACUCGCAAAGAACCCCUCGCGGCUCAAGAGUCUUUCCUACCGCCACCACCUGCUCCUACGGUCAAACCCAUCAGAGAACCCUCACCUUUACCGCCGGCGCCGAUGCCAGUCUCGGCUACUUCAUUACCUGUUGCACCUUUGCCGGCCAAGAAGAAAAUGGUCAAAAAGGGACUCAAUGGCAAACCUACUCAGGCUAAAAGAGUCAUCAAGAGUUCCGCUACCGUUCAUAGCGAUGAUGACGAUGAAGAUGACGAUACAGAGAGAGAGGAACAGAGUCGAAGAGAAAGUGAUGUGAUUAACCGAAGAGCUCCAUCCACCCAAGUGAGCACGGUUGCCAAAAAGAGGCGACCAUUAGACGAGAGUACGACUCGGUAUGAUGAGCCAUCAAGUCGACCAGCCAAACUGGCAAGAACAGACAGUGGGACUGGAUCAACUGGACAAGCUACUCGACGUACGGACAGUCCAAGCGGUCGACUACAAGCUGGAUCUGAAUGGGAUGAUCCUCGUCAGAAACGAAACUCUGCUCAACCUAUUGCCCGUAAUUCUUCUGUGGUGGUUAGGAAAGUCGCGUCUACUUCAACCGAACGAGCUCCAUCACCGGCCAACAAACCUUCGACGCAAACUAAUAUGUCGAAUAUCAAGAAGAAAAGACCACUUGAGGACGGAGCAGCGAGUGGGCCGGCAAUGAAUGGAAGUCAGGCACCAGAAAAGGAACCGGAGGUGAGACGAUCUCAUCCAAUGGGAGUUGUUCUACCCACGAUCCGCAAGAUACAAGCAGCCACAGAAGAUGGACGUGGUAGUGGGCAGAGCGAUAAUGAUUCAAAGGAUCAUCAUGGUCCAUCGAAAAAGAAAAAGAAGAAACGUACAGUAGAUUAUACUAGUUCGGAAGACGAAGCAAGUGCUCCUACCCCUCAAGCCGGUCUCAAUGGUACCCAGACCAACAAUACUCAUUUGGCUGUCAAGCGAGAUCCAUCACCUAGACCACCUCUUGUUUCAGAAGUUUCGUCACAAUCUAAUGCAACUAAGGCUAUAGAUGAAUCUUCAAUAAAGAAAACGAAAUCGAAUGGAGACCCGAUCUUACCAAGUUUCAAACGACAAUCUCAAACGGUCCCAUCUAUCAAGCGAGCACCAAUUGAAGAUAAACCGAACUCGAAUUUAAAUCGAACGAUCUCAUCUUCAUCAGAAUCUGAACAAGAAGAAAUUGAAAUUCGAAAUUCCAAUGGAUAUACCAAAGCAAGAUUACGAUUUUAUUGGUUAACUUGUCAUUAUGGAUAUUUAAUUGAUAAAUUAAAUUCGAUUAGAUUAAAGAAAAUCUAUGGAAUCGGAUUAGAAGAGAUUAAAGAAAUGUUGGAAGAAGUGAAAUGUCUUGAAGAAGAAUUAUCGAUUAGAAAACAUGCUUUAGAAAGGUAUGGUGAAUCAUUAAAGAAUGGUGAUGGUCAACGUGGAAAGUAGGUAGUCAAUUUAAACUUGAAACGAAAACAAAAAAAGGUUUCAGGAAAAAACAAAAGGAAACUUUAUAGGAAACUUUAUACCGACUGCGUGUGUUCUUUUUUUUUGAUUGGAAACUUUGGAUGUGUAUGAUGAGAGAGAGAGUGUUUGUUCGGUUUCUUUGUAUAGUUUUUGUUAGUAGGUUUUCUAAUAUAUAUAAAAAAUCAAAAUUAGUAUGUAUUGAUAAAUAUAUUUUUUGAUGGUUGGGCUGGUGUUGGAAAAAAUAUCUUUUUCUUUUCUUCUUCUUCUUUAUAUUAUGUUAUAUUUAUAUAUUCUGACUGUUUGGGAAACAGACAAGUUUUCUUUUCUUCAUGAUUUGUUUUCUAUACAAACUUUUAUAUAUAUAUCUUAUUCCCUUUUAUUUCAUUUCGAUUUCUUUGUGAAUUUGUUUAGUGGAAAUAUAAGUUACACUUUUAAUGUGUGUGUGUGUGUGUUUGUUUGACCAAUUAGUUUAAUUUGAUGAAGGUUUUUUUAUUUUUUUUCCUUUUUACUUUUCUAUUCUUUCUUGUAUCAAGAUAGAUUGGUUCUUUUGUGAUUCUUUUUUUUUAUUUAGUAUUACUAUGAUGAGAAGAAAAUCUAUGUUGUUUGUUUUUUAUGAUGUGUUGAUGUGUUGUUGAGAUCUUUAUUACCAAUUCUUUUUUUUU